UUUCAAUGCUUAAGGCCCGUCCACCCCAAGAACGAUAACCAUGACCAUGACCAUAACGAUGUUAGCAUCCACACUGCUGAGUGAUAACGUUCUGCAGACAGCGACGUAAAGCACGCACUGCACGCUCCAGCUGAUAACAAUACAUACAGCAGACUUUGCAACGUACGAUUACAGGAAUGUCUGUAGUAAUAUCCUACAUAUUUGUGAAUUUGGGUACAUUUUAUGGACCAAAAAAGGCUAAGCGGCGGUCCCCUCGGCGCCGACACCGCUGCCUUCUCCAGGAAACAGCGGUGCACACACAGAGCGCCAUAGAGCUGCGCCGAGCAUCGGAACAAAAACACAGACAGCAUGAUAAUCCCAUCUAAAACACAAGAUUCACUCUCUGUGGUUUCUCUGACACGAGAAAUACUUUUAAAGUACUGAUGUUUACAAAAAUACACAGAGCUAAAGGAUCGUAGCCCCACGGAAGGGAAAAGUCACGCCACUGACCACCUGUGUGAAACCUAUCUCUCUCUUCCGUAAACUCGGAUGGAUUCUGAUUGGCUGCCAGUGUUUCUAUCGUUUAUCAAAAUCGCUCUGAAAGUGAUCCCAGCGAUAUCGUUCUCCACUGUGCCUGUCGUUAUAGUUGCGGGGUGGACUCCGCCAUCCACUUGAGUUAGAGCGAUUUUUAAAACGCAUACAUAUAGAUUUAUAGUUAUCGUUAUAGUUAGCGUUCUUGGUGUGGACGGCCCUUUAGAAAAUUCAGAAAAGGGAAAUCAGAAAUAUUUGCAGGCGUCAUAAAGUUUCGGAGGAUCCCAGUCUGGGCGGGACAUAUUCCGGGGUUGAACCGAUGGGUCUUCUGUGGAGCCUCAGACCAGUUCCAGGCAGCAAACCUUGGCUCAGGAUGAGGAAGAUGAACGUCCAGACUCCCAUGGAGGUCACGAUCUCGGUGUACCCGGGCCACCAGACCGAGGGCUUCCUGGAUCAGGUGCCGCUGGCCAGUGUGGUGGUGGAGCGCUGGUACAUGGCGCCUGGCGUCCGCAGGAUCCCGGUUACAGAGGCCGGACUCACUGCGACCCUCUUCCUGCCCCCAGGUCCGGGACCUUUCCCUGGCCUCCUGGACCUUUGGGGGGGUGGAGGAAAGUUGGUGGAGUACCGCUCAGCGCUGCUGGCCUCUCACGGUUUUGCCUCCCUGGCCCUCGACUACCUGACUCCAAAAGUCACCAUAGAAACCGGGAAGAUGGUGGACAACCAGUACUUUGAGAGGGCCUUGAAAGUCCUGGAGCAGCAUCCUCAGAUCCUCAGCAGCAGGAUCGCCAUGAUCGGUCUUUCCCUCGGCACCAGUAUCACCCUAAAAAUGGCUGUUAACUCCCAAGUUGUAAAGCUCAGGUGUGUGGUGUGUAUUAGUGGGAGUCAUGUGCAGCCAGCUGACGGAUCUGUGGAACAAAUAAUGAGUUUCUUUAACAAAAACGCUGAGAAGACUUGCUUCAACAAUGAGAACCACAUGAUCUGCCGCGAUCUGCUGCUGCCCAUCCCCACCGACCCCUCACUCAAAGUGGAUAUGGGACAACUGCAGUGUCCUCUGUUGCUGGUUGUAGGUGAGGACGAUCAGAACUGGCCCGCCCACGAGUCUGCACUGGACAUAAAGGAGAUGAUGGAGCGGGCGGGGAACAGCCACCUGCUGACUCUGCUGUCGUACCCCGACACCGGUCACCUGAUCGAGCCUCCGUUCACGCCCUUCGCCAAAGCCAGCUCCUUCAGAGCAGUCUCGUCGCGUCAGAAGCUGGUAGCGCUGUGGGGCGGAGAGACGGCGGCACAUUCUCGAGCUCAGGAAGACUCCUGGAGGAAGACGCUGGUCUUUCUGAGGGCGAAUCUGUACGGCGGCGUAAACACCUGCCUAACUUCAUUUUCCAACCUGUAACCAAGGCGACAACUAAUGAUCAAAGAGUCUCUAUAUAGGAAGAGCUACUUCAGGAGUCUUUGGUUAAGUCCCGUUAAUUAAUCCCCAUAGAUGAUGUAAUGGGUUGACAGUUGACAGCUUUAAAGGACAUGACAUUUUCCUGAUUUAAUCAUCAAUCAAAAGAUGAAAAUAUGAAGGCAAGGCAGCUUUAUUUAUAUAUCACAUAUCAAACAGAAAGGCAAUUCCAAGUGCAUUACAUAUUGACAAAGAACACUAAGUAUUUGAUCAACUUUGUUUUUCAGACACAAAGUUGAAUUACUCAAAACUGGUGGCCAUAACUUAGACAUACAAGUUCAUUAUAUCACCUGGGAGUGUCCUGUGUUUCUGUGUUAAGUACCAUUGAGGGUAUCGUUUAAAGAAAUGGGAAUACAGAUCAGGGAAAGACCCUUCCAGAACCAGCGGCUGCUCCAACAUUGCAGCCGACGGUUCAUAUGUUUGGGAACCUGAUAGCCGAUGUUGAAUGAAAUUGUACCAAAAUAACGUAAAACUAUUAUUACACUGGAAGGAACUCUCACAGACGAAGUCGUAGUUCUUGGAAUAAUACGGUCACCGUAGGAGUUACAACGCGCUCGGAACGGACCUUUUUCACAGCAGACAUUUUGACUUGUCAUAGUAGGAAAAGCACAUCUGAAAUUGAUAACCUU